GUGUCACACAGAAGCCUGAAUGGCUGACACAGCUGACGAUUUGUGGUGUUCAAUCAUUUCCUGCUGUGAAAUUAAUAUUACCCAUAAUUCGAGCGCCUUGUCGUGUUCAGUAUGUGAAAUGCCUCGUGAUAAGCCAUAUCAAGUGAUUCCCGUCAAUUCCAACUCAUCGCUCAAGUCGUGAAUAGAAGAAUUUGCUCCUGAAUUUAGCGGGAAGUGAAAGUGUGCAAUGAAUGUGAAUUUUGUGAUAAUUUUGGGGCUCUUGGGGCUCCUGAAUGCUGUGCAGGGACGUGGGAUACCCUUCCUGAAGCAAUCGCAAUCCCCGGCGGAGUACAAUGGGUUGUACAUGAAGACGGACGAUGUGCAGGAGUUGAUUGGGAAGGAGCAAUUCCGGACGGCGGUGUUCCACCAGAAUAGGGCAUCCUUCGUGGAGUUCUACAAUUCCUUCUGUGGCUUCUGCAGACGAUUUGCCCCACAUUGGAUUCAAUUGGGCGAGGAGACACGCUCCUGGAGGGAUAUUGUGGAUAUUCUCGCCAUUGACUGCUCAUCGGAUGAAAAUAGUGAGGUGUGUAGGGAUUUUGAAGUGAUGUCCUAUCCCACAGUGAGGUACUUCCCGGCCAACUAUGAGGAGGGUCCCAAUCAAAUUGGGAAAUCCGUCUAUCGUCCUGACAGUGAGACCCUCAAGGAAACUUUGAUCAACUUCCUCCACACGGAUGAACAUAAAUUGCCAUCGUGGCCAGAUCUGGAUGAUGUCACAGCUGACAGUGCAGCUGAAUUGUUCACAACAGCCCCGCAGAACAUUAAAAUCGUCUACGUUGUGCUUGAGAAUGUCCAGGAACCCAAUAAGAAUACAACUGGAGCUCAAGUUAUUCUGGAUUUGCACAAAAUGAAAGAAGCCCUCGUUCGACGAGCAUCCUCCCUGGACUUUCUGCAUCCCAAAUCAGACACGCGCCCAGCUCUAUUUGCCAUCCAUCGCGAUGAUCUGUCAAUUGAGGAGCUUUCUGGGGACAAAGAAGCCACACGGGAAGAUCUCCGGAACAUGAUCAUGGCGAAUUUGGUGAAAAACAACAUUGCCGUUCCACAGACCUCCCCAAUCCCCCUUCCGGUCUCAGAGAAAACUCCCGACAGUAGUAUUCCGGACUGGAUGAAGCACAAGCAAGAUCAGGCAAUUCAGGAUAAAGUAGCCCAAAUGAAGGGAGUCGUGUUCCAAGCUGACCUGGAGCAAGCCCUUCGAUUCAGCAUCUUCCAUGAAAUCCCACGCUACGGAGACAUCCGUGAUGAUCGUCUCCUGGCACUAAAGCGCUUCCUAUCUGUACUCAGUCGAUACUUCCCCUUUGGGGAGAAUGGAAGGAAAUUCCUCAAGGAACUCGAGACAUUUGUUGGGCAGAAGGAAGACUCCGUGUCUGGGGAGGAAUUUGAGAAGUAUGCCAAGAAUCUCGAAGAGGCAAACCGUCCGGUGUUCUCCUCAACUAAAUUUGUGGGAUGCUACAGUGAAGUGGAUGGACUACGGAGGUAUCCGUGUAGUUUGUGGCUCCUAUUUCAUCAUUUAACAGUGGCAGCUGUGGAGCAGAAUGUCUCAACGGAUCCACUUGAGGUUCUCCAUGCAAUGCACGGAUACAUCAAGCACUUCUUCGGGUGCACUGACUGCAGUAAUCACUUCCAGGAAAUGGCCAGGAAGAAACGCUUGUUCUCAGUGGCAAGUCAGGACAAUGCAAUCCUGUGGCUGUGGUCAGCCCACAAUGAGGUCAAUCGACGCCUCGCGGGUGACGCAACAGAGGAUCCUGCUCAUCCCAAAGUUCAAUUUCCCAGUGCAGCUGAGUGCCCACAGUGUCGACGAGGGGACAAUGCAUCCCACAAUGAUGGCAGUGAGAUUCCGUGGGAUCGCACGGAGGUCCUCUUCUUCCUGCGACGCAUUCACAGUGUACAGAACAUCAGUCGCCUCGGGGUUGACGAUGAGUCCGCCCUGCCGGCCACGUUGGAUGUUCUACGUGCCAAACGAUAUGUGAGUAAUGUUUUUUCGGACAUUGACAUGCGAAUGGGGCUGCUACUCUACGGCUUCUGCAUCUGCAUGCUCCUUGCGGCUGUGCGGUUAUUCCUCAAGCGCGGCUACAGGAAAAAGAUGUACAUUCACGACCUCCUUGGUAAGGUCUAACCACACACACACGCGCGCGCGCCGGGAAUGCAUUCAAUUUGUGCGACAUUCGCAUCUCAUGUGAGGUCAAAUGGAUUAACCACAUGUGAAGCUCUGAUUGAAACACUAUUUUUCCAUUUGAGCCAUUUCCUCCAUCAUUUGUUGUUAUAUUAUGUAUGUAUGUGUUUUGUGCCCUCAACAGGCCCCCCAUAGGAUGUUUGGCCAAGAGGUUUUGUGUGUAAAACGGACCAAAUUAAUGGCACGUUUUACAACUUAAUCACCAUUGGGGGGCACUAACUCAUACGAUAAUGGAGCAAUUUAGCUCCUUCUAAUUCAAUUUCCAUAAAUCACAAAUUCAGAUCAUCUAUCAGCGAUAAUUUCUUAUCAUGUUAAUACUAAACGAUUUUAGGCUAUCAAGUGUACAAGACUUUUAGCCAAGAAAAAAAAGUUACAACGCAGAAAAAACAUUUGAUCUCCUCAAAUCAUUCCUCUGAAUAGCAUCCAAUUUGAGCAACAUACUGAUCCAAUUCGUUAUCAACGCGAUAAAAAUAGCGUAAUUUGUACAUAAUUCAUGAAAAUGAAAUUCACGGCAUGAGGGUUACUUCAAGGUUAAUUCUUUGAGAUGAUGGAAAAAAUGUCAAUUUAGCGGUUUGUUGCCUCCAUUUGGCCUCCCACCCCCCCAAAAACUAAAAGGACUUAUUAAAUUUGUUUAUAAAGACGUUACGUUUUAGUCAAAUCUUCUUUACCGUCAAAUAGAUGCUUCAUUGUUAAUGGAAAAAUUCCACAUUAGACUAUGAGAAGCCCAAUCAAAAGGUGCUUUCAUUGUUUUUUUUUCUUAAAUUAUUAUUUUUUUUAUUGAAAGAAAUUAAAAAGAAAUUAAGUUUGUAAAGAAAUGUUUGGAAAAAAAAAUUAUCCAAUUUAGAAUUUAUUAGAAAAUAAAUUUAUUUUAAUUGAAAAUCUGAUAAAUUACUACUUAGAAAAA